GUACACUAUUGAUACGGCGAUAUCUUGAAAAGAAGAAAAAAAGAAAAAAAAGUUCGCCCGUGCUGUGACUGUAACAAAAAAAAUCCACCCUGCCGUCUCCAUCUUGAAUUGAAAAAACAGCCCAUCCUUUUUUCGUCGGUUGGAUUUUUAAGACAGUUUUUCUUUCGUCGUAACCAUGGCAAUCUUUAUGAAGAACAAAGUGGCUUUGUUGACAGGCAGCGAAGGGUUGCUGGGGCCUGCAUUCGGCACGAUAUUACUGGACAAAGGAGCGAAGGGCGUGGUUUUCCUGGGUUCCGAGAGGGCAAACCAGACCAACAAAGAAUUGGCCGAGAAGUACGGCGAGGAGCGAGUGAUGCUGUACAACUGCGACAUCACCAAGCAUGAGAGCAUCAAGGCCGGGUUCGAGGAAGCCAAGGCCAAGUACGAACGGAUAGACGUGGUCUGCAACUGCGGCUCGGCCUGGGACGAGAUCGAAUGGGUGAACACGAUAGAGGUCUCACUGCAUGGUGUGAUCCACGGCACCCGAUUGGCGCUCGAAUACCUGGAGCGUCACGGGCUUCUUGUCAACGUCACGUCAGUUGCAGCAAUGACACUGGCUCCAUACUUGCCCAUCAUCAGCGCAUGCAAGGCUGCUGUGCUUGCGUACACAAAGACCGUAGCGAAAUACGACCCGGUCGCCAAGGACCGACAGAUCCGCGUGAACGUGUUCUGCCCAUGUCCAAUGGAUGGUGAUGAGAUGUCCACGGCCGUACUGGCCGAAGAGAAAGUAAAGCAACAUGCCACGAUCACCCUGACCAAGCUCAAGACAAAACCGGCCUCCGUAGUAGCCGACGCGCUGAUGAAGUUGGUGGAUCAGGACCGCCACGACGAGACGCUGUACGUUCACGGCGAGCUGGGGCCCAUCUUCGCUGCCGACGAUACGGACGACUUCCGGCGGAAGUACCGCGCCUCGACCGUGGUCAAGAACCUGUAGACGGCUGUUUGAUGCAUCACGGCAAACUGUCGACAAAAUGACCCAAAUGCCGAUGGUGGCCCAACUUCAGUCAGCAAAGUAAAGUUGAAAAAUCCCGGUACAGCAAUGCCAAGUUGUUGGAGUUUUUUCAGGUUUAUUGAUUUAAAGUGGUAUUUCAAUGGGACGAAAAUUGUUUUGGGAGGAGUUCAGGAAUCUUCCAUUGUCCUGUGGGGGAAAGACAUGUGUGACUCAUCUACUUUUUUGAAGGGGGAGAGGUUGAAUGAUGGCAGAGCUUAAAAGUGCUAAAGAAUGGUGGGUAAACUAAUAUAAAAUUGAUAAUCAAGACGUUACCAAUUGUAAAAUGACCAUAUCCAGCAUUUUGUCUUUUCAGGAACACCGUUAAUUCGAGUUAAGCAUUAUAAUAAACAUGACAAGUGCAUUGGAAGGAUUCUAAACUUUCAAAUGUAAAUUUGAAGUCACAAAAAAAAAUAUGGGUGGAUCGUUGUCAUCCUAGUGCACCUAGCUUCGUGUUAGACUUAUUUCAAACUUCCAAUUUUCCAAAAUCAGCAUUAAAAUUUUAGUUCGCAUUUUCAAGAUAUUUCAAUUC